GCGAGUGGAGCGCGUGCAGCGGGGAGUGCGCGCGGGGUGCAGCGGGACACCGCACGCGCACGCGCAUGUGUCUCUCAGCUGCGGGCUGCGCUGACGCCGGCGCUGCGCUAGAGCGACGCGUCUGCGUUAACACCUGCCCAGAAUCGGAGAGUGGUUGGGGUGCUUGGGGGUCGUGGGGGGCGUGUUCAGGGGGCGAGCGUGUGCGCCAGCGCAGUUGCGAGGCGGGCGCGUGCAGCGGUGCUCAGGUGCAAGUCGCACGAUGCUCUGACGAUACUGAACUAGAUAAUGAGUUGUACGCAAUGCCGGCGUACAGUCAGAACGUAGAGAUGGCCUCGUUCGUGACAGGUCCUGGCAAUGACUCCUUGAGCGUUGGUGCAAUUGUCGGCUGCGUGGUGGCCGCAUUUGCUAUGGGUUGCCUAGUGUGCCUGGCGGGGGUGAUAUUCUGGCAGAGGCGGGGUGGUGCGGCGCGGGGGCGGGUGCCCUCCAGCCCUCAUUACAUCACCGCUAAACAGAACAGCUACGUCACUGUGCCGCUCAAGGACGUUCCGCGUAAAGCUAAACGCCAACCAUCGUUCACCGGCAUGAGUGGACCGAGCGUGCUUCUCUCAAAAAGCAAUAACAUACCGGCCAACAACCACAAUACAGGACUCGCGACACCCAAACUAUAUCCAAAAGCAAUCGCCAAUGAAUACGACUCGGGUACAUUAAGACGACAUUCCAACCAGCCCAAGAAUAACCUCGAUAUUGAAGAAGAUAAGUUCUAUUGAAUUUCACAUCGGUGUUAAAAGGUUAACCUUUUUAUUGGGACAAAAUGUGAUUAAAAUGGCAACAAAAGCUGUUUAAUCGGAAUCUAUUAAAUAGGUUCCGUAUUCGGGAUGUAAGAUUUUAAAGUUGACCUUUGACUUUUAGUGGUCUUAAUAAGAACUCUAAUUUUAUUCUGAUCCUUUUGGAAAGUCGAUUCUCUGUACCCAGUGAAUAAUAAAAAAUUUGACAAUUAUAUUGUCUACUGUGACACUUGUCAAUUUGACAGCUGUCAAAAAUAUUAUUUUUUUAGAACAAAAUUAUGAAUCAAUUGAUGAUUGUGUAAAAAUCGAUUAUUUUAGCAAAUCUAUUUCGGUCUUGUUGUUUAAAAUUAAAUAAGUGACCAUCUAGUCGGUUUGCAUUGGUUGGUAUGAAAUUGUUUAUUUUGUUGUGACGUCAUAACUUGUAAGAUAUGUGAUUGGUCGCUUUUAGGUUAGAAAUCUUAGUUUUAAUUCGUCCUGUGCCAUCGUAACUAAGAUUGUAAAAUAUUUUAUACGUAUUUUUAUAAUAUUAUAUGUAAUUUAAAUAAUAAUAAUUAAUAUAAACAAGAACAAAUACAAGUGCCAUGUAAAUAAUAGAUUUUUUAUUAAUUUUCCAGUAUUUAGUUAUCAGCAUUCCCAAGUACAUAUAAAUGAAAAUAUAUAUUUUUAAUAUGCUAUAAUAUGUUAUAUUAAGAUAGUUGAACAUAUUUCAACAUAAUAUUUGACUCAUGUUGAGUCUGUGUGUGUGAUUGGAAUUUUUAUAUGCUUUUUAUAAAUAGGAUUAAGACGUUUAUGUUGUGUUUUUUCUAACUUCUAUAUACAUAGAUACGAUCCGUCCCCACUGAGGGGCUCGGAACCUCCCCUAAGUUAGGGUGACUAGGCCAUAGUCAACCACUCUGGCCAAG